CACAGUCAUAUCAGUCCGCGGAACAACAACAACACGUGUGGGUGAAGCUGUGGAGGCGCCGCGAUGUUUUCAGCUUUAAAAGAUAAAGUCGGGGAUGUUCUGCUACCGGGAGAUGAGUUCUCCUUCCAGACCGACGACACCAUCUCUCUGACGGAGCGCGGGAAGCCGGAGAAGGUGGUGUGUGGUCCGGGUCUGAGGCGGAGCGGAGACCGGCUGCUGGUGUGUAAGAGCGGCGUCCUGCGACACAAACAGCCCAACAUGUUCUGGAUGGAUUCCCAGCAGAGGAGGUAUGUCCCUGCUAAAGGAGAGACCAUCAUUGGCAUCGUGACGGUAAAAUCUGGAGACGUGUUCAAGGUGGACUUUGGAGGAAGUGAGCAGGCGUCGCUGUCCUACCUAGCGUUUGAGGGCGCCACCAAGAGGAACCGGCCCAACGUCCAG